AUGACUGCAAAUAAAGAUAAUGUAACAACACUUGAAGUAAAAUAUUACAGUGGAGUGAAAGUACAUCUAAGAGGAGGUCAGAUAGCUGAAAUAAUGGCCCGAAAUAUUGAAAUUAAAAGUCAUCUCAGAGAUAAAAAUAAAGUUCUUGAUGCCUUGAAGGAGUUAACGGAUCAUCCAGGAGAAAUUAUUAAACAAACUGAUACUUUUUUUGGGGUUCCCAAAGGAAGACUAAAAUUAAGACAAAUUGAGGGAGCAUGUUCAGAGUUGAUCUUCUACGAUCGACCAAAUACAGAUGGUCCAAAGCUUAGUAACUAUGAAAAGUAUGAAUUUUCAGAAAAUUCAAAUCUUCUUUCUGUUUUAUGCCAAUCAUUAGAUGUGAAAGGAGUUGUGAAAAAAGUGAGAUAUUUGUAUAUGAUAGAUCAAACUAGGGUUCAUAUUGAUGAAGUGGAAGGCCUUGGCCACUUUUUAGAGUUAGAGGUAGUUCUGAAAAGUGGUCAAACUAGUGAAGAUGGACAACAAAUCGCAGAAGAUAUAAUGGCAAAAUUAGGAAUAAAAAAUGAUGAUUUAAUAGCUGGUGCUUAUAUGGAUCUUCUUUUGCAGAAAUAGAAGAAAUCCUUGAAAUGUGGGAUUAUAAAGUUAAUGAUAAUUUGUAUAAAUAAAUAAUAAGUAGAAUUAUUUUUGUAUAAAUAAAUAAUAGGUAGAAUUAUUUUUGCAUAAAUACGUAAUAGGUAGAAUUACAUAAUAGUGUAUCUUGAACUUGUAGAUCUCUUUUGUAUUUUUCUUGUUUUUAGUAAUUGAACAAGGCAUCUGAAUCGCAGUUUGUUAGGAAAUAUAGAGCUAUUUUGUACGAAUCUUAAAAGGCGAUUGAAUAUUUUGUUUCAUUCCUUAUUAUUCAAAAGUAUAUAUGCUUAGCUUUUUAUUCAAUCUGAAUGCGAGUUAUUUAGGGACAAAGACAAUUGUAAUGUUAUAAUAUGACUUCCUAAUGGUUGCAUUCCAAAACCUUGGUCAUCCUCCCCGAAAACGUAGGUUAGCAUAAUAGUUGAAGAAUUAUAUUUUAUUUUUGUGUAAUAAAUAUAUGUAAAAUGAAAAUAUUUACUCCAAUAGCUGAAAUAGUAUAGAUUUGUUGCACCAUUUAAAAUUGAAAUCUAUUUUCGUCAAUGUUUUCCGUGAAUAAUAAAAUGAAUGAAAGAAAAAAUAGUCAUAACUAGAAAUAAUAUUAUUUAUUUUUUAAUCCAUUUUGGUUAGUUUAGUCAAAUUUUAUGACAAUAUUUAGUUGUGACUAGUGUAAUGAAUCAUUUUACUGCACCAGUGAGGUAAAGUAAUAAGUAGAGAUAUUCUGGGAUAUAUUGAUGAUCUUAUUUCAUGGUCUACUAUUAAGAAUAACCAUAACACCUAAUAAAACAAAAAAAUCCAUUUCCCAGGACUUUGCAACGAAUUUAUAGUAAAUUAGGUUUGUUGAAUCUAAAUAUGUCAUAUUCCAUAGUUUUUGUUCUAUGAAUGUUGUAAUGAAUGACUCUCAAAACUCACAGCAUUUAAUGCAAAUAUCUGUCUUUAUACACUAUUGUUUUUUUCAUUGAAUAUUGCAUUAUUUUCAGGAUACUUAAAUUGAGCUUCUUUCUAUUAAUAGAUCUUAUUUUGUUACAAAACAUUCUUCUGGAUGAGCUUGUUUGAAUGACUCUAUUGUAUUUUACUACAUUUGUGAGGAGUUUACGCCACAAAAACAGAAAAGAAAUAUUACAAACUUUAUAGAAAAAUAAUUAUAAAACAUUUAUCUUGAUUGUACUAUUUGUAAUAUUAAAAAUAACCAUAAUUAUCCCAGACUAAUAUGAGUUACUAUUCUGAAUUGUUUGAAUCUGAUUUGUUUUGCACAUGACUUUUUUGAGAUGAGAAGGGAAGUCACCUCCACCUCCCAUGAAAAGGUGCACUACGCUUAUGGGACUGAUGACCCCCAGCCGUUGACUCCUGCAAACGUGUGGGCGCUUGAAAUUGAAGCAAUUGAUAAAACUAUCUGAAAAACGAUUCAUUUUUUCUCUAAAAUGUUCCUUUGGAUAGAGAAUCGUUUGCAAUAAUGCGGAAAUUAUGUGCAAUUGUAAUUGUGUUGUAACACCAAUAGUUUGUUUUGUACUCCUGUGUUUCUGACCUCAGACAAUCCAGCUACUACCAGCAUGAUCCUACGUCAAUUUGGGAAUCGCCUCUUCAAAAGAAGCUUAUUAGAAAGUAAUUUAGUUCGCUUCAAUGGUGAUUUUUCCCAUUCGUUUUACUCGUACUUAGGCCUGUGUCACACGUGCGUUGCGUUGACGCGCGUAACUUAACUCUGAUAACGUCAUCUGCGUUGAUGCCUGCGCACACGAGUUACUUAACGCGCGUCGUAAAUCAACGCUAUCUUUUGCGAAACGGCACAUGAGCGCUCUUGGUGACGUGCGUUUUGCCCACAAGCUACAGCUUAAGUAAGGAUACAGCGUUUUCUGCAUCCAACGCGCGAUGCUCGCUUGAUGACGCGCGUUGGCAAUUACACACGUCGCCAAGAGCGCUCUUGUGCUGUUUAGCGUAAGGCUGAAAGUACGACGCGCGUUAAGUGUCUCCUGAUGUCAUCUGCGUUUGUUGACGUGCGUGAACACAACGCUCGUGU